UUUUUUUAUUUUCUUGCCCCGCCUAGUGAGUUUACCUCCGGAGGUAUCACGGUUCCAGCUGACUGGAGUGAAGGAGUUACAGGUGGAUUUCAGGAUCCCGUAAUUGAGGGAGAAAUCGCUUUACAACAUGAUCGGCUUCUCCGGGAGAGACCCAUUGAUAUAAGUACUCCUGGGGCUCGAGCAAGCUUGUUUCUUGCUGUUUAUGGUAAAGAUUACUCGCACUUUCAGAGGUGUAUGAGGAAUAGAGAAGUGCCAGCAGUGCCUCAC